AUAAAAUAUUCUUUUGGCGGGCUUUGCUUGCUCCACAGGCCCAAGUCGUUGGGGGUUUAUUUUCAGCAGCUUUCGUAUUGCGUGACUCAGUUUGUAGAGAAGGAGCCUAAGUUGGCUAGUGGUGUUAUAAUGGGGCUGUUGAGGUGUUGGCCGAUUACGAAUAGUCAAAAGGAGGCUAUUUUUUUAGGCGAGGUUGAGGAGAUUUUGGAGGUGAUCAGCAUUGGCGAGUUUCAGAAGAUUAUGGUUGCUGAGAGGGCAUUGUUCCUUUGGAAUAACGACCAAAUCUUGAAAUCUUAUUUCGCACAAUGGUCAACUCUUGAAAUAAAUGCACAAAGCCACUGGAACCAAGCUGUGCUCAACUUAACCUUAAACGUACGAAAAAUUCUUACAGAAAUGGACGAUGCCCUAACAUCGUCCAAUAUUUGCAAUUUUCGAGAGGAACAGGAAAAGUCAAACUUAAUAGCCGAAAAACAGAGGCAAAUCUGGAAGCACUUGGAAAAUACCGCGAGUCUCCAGCCAAUUGCCGAAAAAACUGCUGUUCUGCUAAUUCAAUCAAUCAACUCAAUUGUUAUAGAGAUUUUGUACAUGAGCCGAACUAAA